AUGAUGAUAACCUCCUCUUCAUCUUCGUCCAAUUCCGCAGUAGCAGCAGCACCGUCGCCAUUAAUCCCGACAAUCAUUCUACUCCUACUAUGUCUUCCUGGUCUCUUUUACUUAGCCCCACACAUCCUCCCUCCACCGCCAACACCACCCAUCUCCUUCCCCGAGGAACUUGAAGAUCUUUCCCUUUUCCGGAGGGCCGCUGCCGUUGAAUCAAACGCAAACAACCCAUCUAGACCUAAAUCCCAUCUCGGAUCCACCAAUUCUAAACCCAAAAUCGCCUUCCUCUUCCUCACAAACUCCGACCUUCACUUCGCCCCUUUAUGGGAACGGUUCUUUAAUGGCAACAAAUCAAAUCGUCAUCUCUACUCUUUGUAUGUUCACGCCGACCCAACUGUGAAGACCAAAAUCAAAAGCCCUGGUGGGAUUUUUUCUGAAGAUCGAUUCAUUACUGCUAAGAAAACUCAUCGUGGAACCGCCACUCUCGUCUCCGCCGCUCGUCGUCUCCUUGCCACCGCACUACUCGACGAUCCUUCUAACGCGUUUUUCACGCUUAUCUCCCAGCAUUGCGUACCCCUUCACUCUUUCAACUUCUUUUACGAUACCCUUUUCGAAGUUAAAUCGCAUCAAAUAGCCGAAUUGCGACAUUUGAAGUACAAAAGCUUCAUCGAGAUAAUUUCCAAAGAUCCCAAUAUUUUGGACAGGUACAAUGCCAGAGGGAAAGGCGUGAUGGUUCCCGAAGUUCCAUUUAAUAAAUUUCGAAUGGGUUCACAGUUCUUUACGCUGACGCGGAGGCACGCACUGCUUGUGGUCAGUGAUCGGCGGCUAUGGAAGAAAUUCAAGCUGAAUUGUCUGAGGCCGCAAUCGUGUUACCCUGAAGAGCAUUAUUUUCCAACAUUGUUGUCCAUGGAGGAUCCAGAAGGGUGUACUGGAUAUACACUGACUCGUGUGAAUUGGACUGAUAGUGUUAAUGGACACCCACAUACAUAUUACCCGCCGGAGAAAGUUCUCACGGGAUUGCUUGCAGCCAUUGAUGAACAUGGCCACGGAAGUCAUUUUCCGGGACUGAAUUCUUUUGAGUUUUCUGCCAUACACCCAAGUGCUACUGGAAACUGUAAAAAAAAAGGCUAGUUAAAGGUAUUCAUGCCUAAAACUCAAAAGUUAAAAACCAGCACAAAUGCUCAAGCAAGAAGAAAAAGAAGAAGAAGAAGAGGUGUUGACAGAAGACAAUGAGCAAACAAAGAUGUGGGGUUUGGAGUGUGUAACAUAAGCUAAUCAUCCUCUGCUAGUACUAAUUACUUGGAGGUCGGUGUAGUCCUUGAGUGGAUUUUUUAUUUUAUUUUUUACUUUUACUUAACUUGUACUCCGUUUCUCCUAAGUUUUCUUACUUUUACCUUCCAUGUUUCUUAUGUAAUUCUAUUUCUUUGACAAAAUUUUGAAGUUAAGUUACCUAUUUGUUCAUUGUAUAUGUUGUAAAUAGUUUGAUUUGUUUAUCUUGUUAUUUUGUAUGGAG